AUGGUUAAUUAUAAUAAUAAAAAAAAAAAUAUAGUUUUAGAAAAAAUUAAAAAGUUUUUUUCAGUAAUCGGGUUUUGUUUUUGUUUUUUGUGUCAUAGUAAAUAUGACGAUGAUGAUGAAAAUUAUAAAGAAAAUGAAUUAAGAGAACCAAUGGCAAAGAUAAGGUUAGGGUUUAAAGGAAAGGAUACAUGGAUCAAUUCAGAAGGUAUCAAUAUACAUCAAAUGUUUGGAAAAUAUUCAGUAUUAUUAGAUGACGAUGACCAAAUUGUUCCAUUAACUAAAGAUGGCGAAUUGUUCGAACCACUAGAUUGUAGAAAAUGUUAUAAAGUUGUAGCAAAUCUUUAUGGUACUUCUGGUGAGCCUCAAAAAUGGAAAGAAUUAAAGAAAAAAGAAAUAAAUGAAAGAAAACAAUUUAAUUUAUUUAAAAAACAAUUUAAAACUUCCCAACAACAAAAACAAAAGGAACAAUUAAAUCAAUUUUAUAGUAAUAAUAAUAAUAAUAAUAACGAUAAUUUAAAUGGUGAUAUAAAAAGUGACCAAUAUAAUAAUCAAAAUAAUAGUAUUUUAGAUAAUGGUCAAGUUGAUAUUUUUAUAAAUGAAGGAUCUAAUAGUUUAAUAAAUAAUAGUGAUAAUAGUCUUAAUAAUAAUAUAGAUAAUAAUAAUAACAAUAGUUACGAUAAAUCAUAUAGCUUUGUAGAAUUUGUAAAUAAUAAUAAUAAUAUAGAUAAUAAUAUAGAUAAUAAUAAUUUAAUAAAUAAUAUUAAAAAAGAUUUUAAUGUUGAUAAUAAAUUUUAUACAUAA